AUGGAAGAGGUUGGACAGAACCCACCGGAUGAUGAGGAUGAGAUUACAGAAAUACCAACUUUAGAAGCCAUAAAACAGAAUCUCAAGUACCUGAACUCAGACCUUGAAAAGGAUCUACAGAGGCUGGAUGAGGCCAAUCAGAUUCUUCUCAGAAAGAUUCAAAAGAAGGAAGAAUCUAUACAAAGUCUUGAAAGAGAUAUUGCCCUGUCCAUAGGAAGAGUCCCAGAGAGGGAUGACUUCAGUGAGAUCAUAGUACAGAAGGAGACUGCCCUGAAGGACUUGGAGCUGGAGACAGCAAAGCUGGAGAAAAAGAAUAAGACCCUAAGCAAGAAUGUGAUGGAACUGCAGAAGAAGGUUUCAAAAGGACAGAAGAAUGCUGCCUCGGAUCCAGAAACCAUGAAAAAGAAAGUAGCAGAAUUCAAGGUGAAACUGCAAAAGUUAACAGAGUCCUGUGCACAACAAGAGAAGGAAAUCGCCAAGAUGGAAAGUGACUACCAGUCUGUGUUUCAGCUCUGUGAAGACCAGACCCACUACAUAAAGAAAUACCAAGAAAUUCUGAGGGAGAUGGAGAAGGAAAAAGAAGUGAUGCUGCUUGAGAAGGAAAUAUCCAAAGCCCAGAAUGACUCUUCCCAAGUAGUGAAACCGGGGUCAACUCUGGUAGAGACCAUUCAAAGCAACAUGGAGAAGAACAUCAUUAAGAAACAGAAGAGGAAGUUUUGGCUUAGGCACUUCCGGUACCUUUUCUUCAUGAUCAUGAUCAUUAUCCGACUACUGGGUUAUGUGUUCUUCCACCUUCAGUACAUAAACCCGGACUUUCUCGUGGACACCCUGCCCAUGCUGAUGAGCAGAAGCACCUUGAAGUGGCUACGGGACAUACUGUUUCCCUUCCUUACCCUGGAAGUGGAAGAUGUGCUACCGCACUAG